AUGGCCCAUGAUGCCAUUGAGUCUGCAAGCUUUGAGGAGAAACAGCUUUCUAAUGGGAGAAAAACUAUGAUCUGGAAGCCCAGGAAAGGUAAGCCUAAAAUAUUAGGACAAAAAUGGUUGCUGAAGAAUGUUCCAGGUGUUCUUGAUAGCGAGUCUGAAGAUGAAUUCUCUGAUACCUCUCACAGUGAAAAUGAUGUCAGUGCCUCUCCUUCUGAAUGUGCUGAUACACAUCCUGACCCGGAAGACUUGGGUGGUGAAAUCUCCAGAAAGCCUGCAGCUGUAACUUUUCUGGAGCAGCAGCCUGCUUCUGGGUUCGAGGUGGAGGACUGGGAUGAAGAAUUGGAGUGUGAUCCUUAUGAUGCUGACGAUUUCUACUGUGGAAGCUUUGAGGAAUAUAAUCUUUUGGCCUCAUACUCACGGCAAGAGGAUUCACUUUACAACCCAAGCUCUCACCAUGUAGCUUGCAUUGAUUUUACACCACCAGUUAGAGUGACUGAGGCUGGCCAGUUUGAUGAUGCUGAUGAAUAA